GUGUCUUCGCCCUGUCAAAGUUCAAAGGAGAUGAUUACUGCUGGAUUAAACAUGAGCGAAAAUAACAGCCUCUGUGACAACAUUCCCAAACUUUGCCUGCUUGAGACACAGUUCUGGCCUCCAAAAGCGAGGCCAGGAGAGGAAGGAUACGGCGGGGCUGGUGUUACCAUAAACAGAAGUUUGCUCACGGAAAGAGAGAAGAUAAUCUAUGACAACGGACUGAAUACUUACACCGUUAAUCAGAUGGCCAGUGACAGGAUUUCCUUGAGAAGAAAGAUAGCCUUCGAUAUUCCAGAAUGCAAGAACCUAACAUACGAUACGACAGCCCUGCCUACAGCGGGAAUAGUUCUAGUCUUCGUAGAUGAAAUGUGGUCAGCGCUGAUGAGAACAGUUUUCAGUAUUCUUGAUGCUGGUCCCAUAGAGCUGAUCUCUGAGAUUAUCCUUGUCGACGACGCUUCCCAGAAAGACCACCUUGGUCAGCCUCUAGAUGACUACAUUAGGAUCUUUAAUGGUAAAGUCAAAGUAGUUCGCUUACCAGAGAGAAAAGGUCUGAUAGCAGCACGAUUAGCUGGAUUUGAGCACGUGACAGGAGAAGUGGUUAUUUACCUCGAUGCCCAUAUGGAAGUUAACAAAGGUUGGCUGGAGCCUUUGUUACACAGAAUAAAACAAGAUGAUACCGUCAUAGCCAUCCCACAUAUUGACCCAAUUAAACACGAAACAUUUGAGUUUGUAUUCACUCCAAGCAAAUACAUUGCGAGGUGUGGUAUUCAGCUGAGCUUGGUGUUCUCAUGGAUUCCAGUACCUGGGGAAUGGAAAAACCAAAGAAGUCCAGUCGACCCAAUCAAAACGCCCGCUCACUCGGGAUGUUGCCUUGCUACAUACAAACGGAACUUCGAGAGACUUGGCAAGUAUGAUCCAGGACUUGAAAUGUGGGGUUGUGAAAACACUGAACUAUCCUUGAGGGCCUGGAUGUGUGGGGGUCGGAUGGAAAUAAUCCCCUGUUCACAUGUCGGACACUUGUACAGGCCGCGUUUUCCAUACACAUUUGGUAAAACGCAGUAUGUGUUUCAAAAAAACUGUCUCCGGGUCGCAGAGGUGUGGAUGGAUCAAUAUAAAGUCUUUUUUCACCAUAGGAUUUCCGCUGCAAUGGAUAAAAUAAGUUUUGGAGACGUCAGUGAGAGGAAAGCGCUCAAAGAAAAGCUAAAAUGCCGUUCGUUCGACUGGUUUAUUAAAGAGAUCUUCCCUGAAAUCUACAUUCCUUUCAAUACGACAGCAAUAGGCAAA